GUCAUCCGGCCGCGACACGAGUCGGUGGAGAGUCAGGAGACGAGCGGAGCUGGCGGGUGUCGAGCAGCCUGUGAACGGCACAAAUCUGGUCCCUGUGGAUGUGUUCCCCCCCGCGGUACUGGUCGGAGGUCACCGCACGUUUCCCGGCAAAGGAUCCGAGUCACAGGAGGGACGGACACCGGCGUCAGUUUUCGCGGAGCGGGCUCACGUUAGCGCUACUUGAUGUUUUCAGCUGCUAGCCCGUUAGCAUUACCCGAAGUGGGCUCGCAGAGGCUAGUUAGCAGAGGUUGCUAACGCGGUAGCUUGGGUGCGAACCGGUGCGAGCGCUCGCCGCUGCAGGGAGGGAACCGAGAGACGAGGCAGGAGCAGUGUUGUAUCCCACCGGAGCCCCCCCACCCCCAGCGUUAGCCCCUUUUUAGCUCAAUACAGGCUUGGAUACACGACCCCCAGAGGAGCCCUCGCCUGGGGGAGGCCCGCCGCCCCGGUCCGGCUUCGCGUCUCUAAGACUGCCACCGUCCACCUUUCACUGCCCCCGGUUCAGUCGGUGGCUCGGCGACACUUCAAAGGGAAAGGUCUGCGGCACUGCAGAUAAAGUGCACCCCCCCAAGCAUCGGCAAGCUUUUCCAGAGCCCCCACGCGGUCCCGUGGGUGACAGAAAGAAUCAACCCAUAGACUAGGACCUGGAGUCAAGAAGACCAAUUGUGGCUUGAACAAAAGGCAGACAGAGAGAACUAAUGCCAAGCCCUUCUCCUCCUCAGACAGCCUAGCGAAGGUCCAGGAGGUAGCAAGCUGGCUUUUGGAAAUGAACCAGGAUCUGCUGUCGGGGGGCAGCAGCAGCAGGCGGAGUCGGGGGCCGGGGGGUCCGGCAGUGCGAGGUAACGCCGCCUCCACAGCCCGGGCGCCCCAGCAGGCGGCAGAGGAGGGCGACGAGGAUGAGCACAUGAACCGGGUAGUAGAGGAGGAAGAGCAGCUGCAGCAGAGGCCUGAUGCAUCACAGGUUGACGGUGGAAGAGAACAACCAUGGGCGCCCAGCGAAUCAGGAGCCAGCAACGGCCCUCGCGGAGACGAGGAAGGGGAAGAUGGCGAGGACGGCCCGCCAAACGAAGUGAACGGUAGGGAGAAAGGCGCCCGAUGGAUGUGGGAGUCGGAGCAGAGGCGGCUGCGAGGGCAGCCGCUUGGCGAAGAGGACGAGGAGGAGGAGGAAGAGGAGGAGAACAACAACAGCGGCAGCCACCAAGAGGAGGAGGAGGAGAGGACAGAGGGAGGGGAGCAGCAGCAGGGAGGGGAGGAAGAGGAGAGGGAAGAGGGCGAGGAGGAAGAGGAGGAGGAUGAGGACGAGGAAGAGAUGGACCAAGACAGUGAUGACUUUGAACAUUCAGCAGAGAGCGGGAGAGAAGAGGAGGAGGAGGAGGAAGGAGAAGGGGAGGAAGGGCUGCGGUCUCCCUCUCUCAGGAACAAUGUGUCUACCCCCAAUAACAACCUGGACUCUGGUUGUACACACCAAAGCUCUUCCAACAAGAAGGUAAGAAAAAUACUCUUUUCACUUUGUAGCACUUGCAUCUGUUUCCUCGUCUUCUCUUGUGUCAGUUUCUCAGUCCCAUCAUGCCACGCACGACACCACUGAACACAAUCCCACUGUGCUGGUCUGCAACAACUCCAAAAUGCUGCUCUGUUACCUCCAGGGGGCAGCAUGAACUAAAAUUUAAAUGAUCACUGAGGCAGUUGAACGCUCAGUGCGACUGUCCCCAUGUCAAAACACUGUUAGGAGUGGUUGUGACUUACAGCUACACCCUACGUGUUUACACCGUCUUGUUGGACAUCGAUGAUAUUGAGAGAGUUGUGGACAUUUUCACUGCCCAGUCUGAUCAGGAUCCUGCACGUUGUUGCUGCUGCAGUCCUCUUUUGUGCCAUGUCCACCAUUUCUAUUCCCGUCUCUGCAUUUUGCCGACAUUAGUGUUGAUAAGCAGUCCACACAUCUGCUUUGUUUCAGGCACCAACUCCCUCUUUUCAUUUUCCACAUGCAGACACUCCUGGCUAAGAGCCUCAACAAAUGUUCAGGUUGUUAUGACGACAAUGAGUGCACCACUCAGUACUACAUUAAGAGUCUGAAGGAGCUCUUACGCUGUUGCACACCUCCACAUGCUUGAUGAAAUUGUAAUUGUACUAAAAAAUCCUUGGCAAAUCCUAAGAAGGUCAGUUCUAAAGGAUCCUAAGAGGUUCUUUUAUUUCCAGCUUUGGUUCGAGAAGCGAGUUACAAAAAGAUGAAAUGCCAGCCUUCUAUUCGUAUAUAGGAUUUUAAUUGAUACUCUACCUAUUUAAAAGUGUCUAAUGUUUUUUUUGUGACUUGUCUGACAAACACAUGAUGACAACUCUACUUUUCAUGAUUACAGUAUUAAAUGUCAUGAUGUUAAAACCAAAUCCCGGUUCAACCUGCGUAGCUGUGCCCUAAUAUGCUUUGAUUAACAAUAUGUUGCUGCAUUGUUUGCCUCUCAGCAAACGCCAAGGCUGCCAUCAGGAAGUGAAAUUACCAAGCGAUCAGCCUUGGGUGCGCUAGACUUUGAUGAGUCACCGGAUGUAAAGUGGCUGUCAGUAUCGCAACAGGGCACGGCAUGUGGUGGCACAGGGAUAAUUGAGGACCUGGCGAAGCGUCGGUGCACCCUGUCUCCUUCGUGCCAGCGCUGGGUCAAACGCUGCAUCUCUGUUGUUUCAGUGCCUCUGACUCACUGCAGGCUGCCUGCAUUAGAAAGGCUGCCAGUGCGUUACAGCUCUGCUCUGUUGCACAACUCCAGACUUUUAACACAGCGUUAGUUCACCCAGCUAAUUUCUGUGGAACCUGCCGAGCUUGUUUCAUGCUUUCGUUGUUUCAGCUUAAACUACCACGUGGUCACUUGUCAUCAAAGAUCAAAAAUGAUUCCUGUGCACCGACAAAGUUUUCACCGACGUUGAGUCUGGUCUAUUAUAAACAAAUGUGCUUAUUUGCUGCUUGUUUUCUGUGGCUAAUUUGUCUUGUGACGGGGACAAGUUACCUUUCCAGAUUUCAUGCAUCUUAUUCAGGGCUUUUUAUUUGUGCUUAUUUAUAAAGAAACUGAAGAAUCCGUCAGUUGUUUAUUACGCUGAAGCAGAGAUGAAUAUCCACUGUAUGAAGUUCAGGGUGAAGAUCACAUUUACAAAUGCAAUUUAUGUUGCAAGCAUCGUAACUGGUUUUGGGAUAAUUUGGAGAAAUAUAAUCUGGAUGUAAAUCUAGUCUCCUCCUUUUUAAAAACUCAUACUUUAAAAUCUGAUUGCCUUGAGCUGCAAAUUUAUUUCCUUACUGAAUUUAAUGGCCUCUCAAAUUUCAGUAAGCCCUAUCACUACUUAGCUUAUAGUUUGCACAGACACACUUGCCAGCUUACUCUACCCUAAAGUCCAUGGGUCCAUUUUUGUAAACAAGCAAAGCUCCGUACUGGACCCAACAGGUUAUCACCUAGUCGAAUAACCAGCCGCCCGGUUCCGUUAACAUAUGACCCAACCCCUCACCCGUGAACAGACACACAUGCUACAUGCACAGUCACUCACAUCAAAUGGGUUAUGGCCUCCAUGUCCUCCUGUUUUUUGUGGUUUAGUUGUGUUCUUGGGAAAGUACCUGUCACCAGUUGCUACACUUGCGCUCCUGUGGCUGUCGAUGUGUUUCCUCAGCGACGCCCGGUGCUGGACUCUGCUCUAUCCAAGUCUUCAGCUAUGUUAGGCUAUCGUAUGUUUUAUAUUUAAGCCUAAUCUCCUUUAAUAUAAACUGAAACCAUCGAGAUCAAACACCACAUUCACAUAAAAAACGUUUCCUGCAGAUCCAUCAAAGUGUUCUUUGUUGGUGCUUUUUCGUCCCCAUGUGUCGACCAGCUUAGACGCACAACAACAAGUUCCUCAGCAGGACAUCUGCAUCCAUGUUGAGGUCACAUCAGGCUACGCAGGAAGCACAAACCAGAGCCGGGCCUGUUGAUCUGUCAUCUGUCCCAAUGUCCACUGGAAGAAAAGUGCAGCUCCUUUUCCCACCUUAAACGUAUUUACAUAUGUAUUGUCAUUCCUCAGGACGGCUCUGACCUCACGGUGAAUAAAAGCAUUGUCCAUGUAGACAAGAGUGAGAAUCUAAUUUCAGCUUCUCAUAUUGAUUCCUCUGUUUGGCGAACUGCCUGAGUGCAUAUGUCAAAGUGUACACACUUUAUCUCGGUGUGAAGGGGAAUUAUUUUGCUGCGGAGGGAUAAUAAUCGUGGAGUACCAUUUGAAAAGGUGUGUGUGUGUGUGUGUGUGUGUGUGUGUGUGUGUGUGUGUGUGUGUGUGUGUGUGUGUGUGUGUGUGUGUGUGUGUGUGUGUGUGUGUGUGUGUGUGUGUGUGUGUGUGUGUGUGUGUGUGUGUGUGUGUGUGUGUGAGCUGUACUUCAAACCCUCCAGUGUUCUCCAGGGUGUUAUCAGCACUCAAACAUUAGACAGAAGGAGCCGUUAAGAACCAGACCAGAAAAAAUUGUGUUACCAGUAAUUUUUCUUUUCUUGCAAAGUGUUUUGCUUCCAAACUAACAUUCAAAUAGUGUGAUCUGGGUUUGGAUUCCUGGCCUCGGUUCGUUGUGUACGAGCAUGCACAGGGUUGUGAUGUGGUUCCAUCAGAAAUGCCAAUUACUAAGCUAUUAAAGACUAUUGGCUCCAGAGUUUUGGCUUCUCUUUUAGGUUUUGCAGCUUUUCUUUGUCUCGUAUCAUUACCUCCUUCAAGGAGUUUCUUUUUUUUUUUGUCUCUGCUUGUUGGUUUGUGUGUUUGACAGCAAGAUUACACAGGAACUACUGAACAGAUUCCCACAAAACUUGGUGGAAAAAUGGUACAUGGGCCAAGAAAGAAGCUAUAAUAGUUUGGGGAAUAGCUGAAAUAGGACAUUUUCAUCCAUUUCCCAGGAAAAAAAUUCAUGGCUCUUGAUGCGAGGAAUCCAGAAUAUUAAGUGGACUGAUAUCUAUGAGUGUGUGCAGUGUGGUGCGGCUUGAUUGAAUUCAAUGGGACUGUUGGGCCUUGGUGGAGGUAUGCUCUCUACUGAGAGUCAUUCUAGUUGUAGAUUAAACGUCUUUAGGGUUUCAAGUGUCCAGUAAAUCUUUGAAAAUUAUACUAAUAAGAAUCCAGCUUUAAGGGAGUUUGUGUUGAAACUGUUUGGCAAGCAGUCAUGACCAGGAGAUGUUUUUAUACUUUAUGAUGUUUGAAGUGUUGUCAUUUCUCUUAAAGUUGACGCCUUUGGAAAAACCUGUUGCCUUCCCCGGAUUUUAAAAUCAACAAAAACAUAUUAUACAAGGUCACAACUUGUGACCCCGCUGAAUUCCCCCCCGGUCCCUCAACAGUUUAGCUCUGUUUGUUUUGCAUGGCCAGGAAUUGAAUAUUUAUCCUGACGCAGUUCCCUGCAGAAUGUGGAUUUUCAUUAGCAAUUCAUGGGCCUCCUUAAGGCAGAAUAACAAAGCAAUCAAUAUGUCCUCCUGCGAUGGGGAUGGGAGGGGGGGGCAUGUCGAAGGGAUUGAUUUAUUAAUAUAAAAUGGAAAAUCAAUGUGAGGCACCUCACGUGAAUGCACAAGAUGCUCAGAUACAGUAACACAGAGCAGCUGGAUGGGAUUUGAGCUCAGGUUUUCUUUUUUUAUACAUCUCAGCUGCAGUGUGUCAUUAGUGUGUUGAGUUACUGUGAUGGAUGACAAUGAAAGGGAUUCCAUGGCUACAUUAGAUUUUCCAGCUCCGUCUCCUGACAGGGCAGCAGCAUCCAAAGCCUUUUCAUUCAAACAGAGCCCUGAUGUAAUUAGCACUGCCUCAUUACUCCACUUCUUACCCCUCCCACUUGUUUACCAUUAGUUCAGUGGAAAAACACAAGCAAUGUUGGGGGGGGGGGACAGAUUUAGUUUAGUCCAAUGAGAGUUACUUCUGUGUUACACUAAAGGUGACUUUCAGAGGCUUUUCAAUUUGGGGUAUUUUCUAUGUUACUACUUUUAUAAAGGAUACUGUAACAAAAUGAAGUUAGUUAUUACUCCUGGUAAAAUACAUGCAUUAUAGCUCCUGGACUUUUCCUGGAGUAUUUGAGAAACAAUUCGGUUUCCCUUUAUAGGAGCCGUCGAGUCUCAUGGCAUUAAAAAGGGAACUUCUCAUCUCUGCUCAAUGCUAGCGGCUAAAAACUACAUUCACUGCUACAAGCACAACCUCCAACUGAUCUGUGUGUAGUGGAUGACGCAUUCUUCUUAACAGGGGGGAGGAGAAUGUGUGGAAUAAAAAAGACAUUAUGUUAUAUCUAUAUCAUCUCAUAUCUUGCUUUAUCGAUAUUGAUCUCACGCUAACUGUCCUUUUAGAGUCGGGCAACACUAUAAGUGAGUAAAUGGUCGUCAUUCAUACAGAGCUUUUCUAGGCUUAACACGACAAUUCACUCUCAUUCAGAGCUUGUUCUAUACAUAGCACACCUCUGACUCACAGAUGGUACAUCAUCUGGGGCAAUAUAGGGUUCAGUGUCUUGCCCAAGGACACUUUGACUGGAGGAGCUGGGAAUCAGACCAUCAACUAUCUGAUCGGCUCUUAGCCACCGCUGCCCUGUGAUUCGGUGGAGUUUUCGUUCAAAGCUUUCCAUGGAUUGUAUUUUCCAACCAAGGAAUAAUAAUAUUUUAAAUAAAUAGAACGUUUGCUCAAUAUCUUUAGAGCGCUUACUUUGUUGUUUAAUGUUGUAUUUCGCAGCGUCACUCUUGAACAUGUGUAUGUUCUACCUUCAAACCAUUUCUACAUUACAAGAUAAUUCAUCAAUUAUUCCCAAUAUCUGCCUCUGUAGCCAAACUUUCACCCCAAACUAUUCAUCAGAUCCUUUGGAGAAGUUCUCCUGCAUAUCUGUUUCCCGGAGUCUGUGGCGAUGAAGUUUCCCUGGAUGUGGUGAAGUUGCUCAGGGCCCACAGUGCCCACGUGUGCGCUUCAUGCUUCAUCUCCCCUGAUCUUCUCAGGGCCUCCCUGACACCUCCUUACAACAUCGGCACGCUACAGUGGAUAAGAGAAAAGUGCUGAUUUGAUCCGACCGGUCUCUUUAAUUUGUGAUGAGCAUGGGAGGGUGGGACCCUGCAGCGCCGCCAGAGAGCGUUGUGGCCAGGUUGUGCUUCUGCUCCUUCCCCCUAGCCAGCUGUAGAUGCACCUGCCAAGUCAGCACCAGCCUCUAUCCAGUGCACUUUCUUUUUCUUACCACCGCUAAAAGCAAGAGGAGAGUUUGUAAACUUAGAUUUGACCUUUUCUUAUAUCCAUAGAGACAUAAAGAGCUUUUUUUCCCAGGUACCAUUAAAAGUGACCCAUUGGUCAUGACUUUUACUUCGUUGAGUAAUGACAUUUACUUUUUUAUUCUUUAUCAAACCUUUCACCCGCCCGGACUUUGUUUACUGUGGGUGUCAGAAUUAUUUUCUGUCCCAUCUCUUCAGUUAAUAUUAGUCCAAUAAAAACCUUUUACCAGUUUACAAAUUCAUGUUUCAUACUUGAGAAUGUUUUAGUACCUCCUGAGCUGCCAGCCUUUAUAGCAUUUAGAUCAUUUAUGGACACUUAAAACUGUGAAACAGGAAACUAUGUUGUUAAGCUAUUUUUCAAGGUAACAUACAGGACAUUCAAUUGCAAAGUCUGUGUUUAUAAUAUAGCUUCUACAAAGUAUGAUAAAUGUGGAUACCUUAAAUAUUUAUUCUACAAGACCAUCAUAUUUAAAGAGUAGGGUUAAGAUGCAAGUCACUAUAAGUUCAUGUUCACAUAUCUGUGCAUUUGAAAGCACCUGCUGAGAUUUGGAUUCACACGUAAGACGCGCUGCCCUGUGGCAAUUGUCUGCCUUACUUUUUCUUUUAGAUAUAUAAUUUUUCUAAUUUAUGCAAAUGGGAAAAUGUUGUCUAUUUCCCCAGGGGCUGCUCAAGCCUUAAAAAAAGCUAUUUAAAGCUUAAAUACAUCACAAAUACAUUUACAAGACAAAUUAAAAGCAGGAAGAUGUUUAUAUUCAGUGCUGUCGAAAAUGUUAGACUAAAUCGCAAAGCUAGCUAAUGCAGCCUUGAGCUUUACUCGUGUUAAACAAUUAGAUCUCGCAAAUGCAAGAGGUGUAUUGUGGGGCCUUCUAGUCUACGGUGGAAGAUGCUUGAUGUGCUCAUACAUCGGUCACGGCGCAAACGGACAUCUCAAAUAUUUAAGAUCUUUUAAUCACUGGUUCUUUAUUUUGGUCACUGAAACAGACGCUCACUAGUUUGCACUGAUUUCAACCUGGAAGACCAAAGCUGUUUUCAGACAAGAACUCUGGAAAAUGGGGUCCGGACAUUUGUCUGUGUUUGCCUUUCACAUAUGAAGAACGCAGCAGGAGAUCGUCUGGGUCAGACGCGUUCACAACAACGACAAAGUGUGGAAAAAACCCUGGAGCAUCUGACAGCAGACAUUUGUGUUUUCACGUUCAGCCCCUGUGAAAAGUUUCAGGAAAAUGCCCCGACUGCAGGUCUGAAAGCAGCUUGAGAAGUCAGAGCAGUUUUGACUAAAACUUAGCUUUCCAUCUACAGUUUGUCUGUCAGACAUCUUCAAAGAUGUUUUAAAUAUAAAUAUUUGACUUUGCUUAUGAUGAAAAAGCACUCACAAACUUUCCUGCUUAAUCUAAUUAUUACCCAACAAAGGAGAAUAUUAGCUCCAUACGGAUUCUGUCACAAGUAACUAUGUCUGGUUGAUUUGCUCAACAUGAUGCCAUGUGUGUUUGCAUUUGGUUGGCUCAGCACUUCCUCUAAUGAGAAACAAGUGUUUCAUCAGGACAGCUUGUGCUUUAGAGUAUUUUUAUGUGAGGUAAAUCGCAGCCUGUAUGGUGAGGCAAAGCCUGUAAUCCUUAAAGUUGAAUCUCUGUCAGCUUUUUCCUCUCAGCCCCAAUGUGGAAGACGUCUUCCCUUGUAAUCCCUCUCUGUUACGUCUGUUUUAUCUUCCAGCGAAUAUUCAGUCAGGUCACAAUUUGAUGACGCGCUCGUCUUCCUCAUCCUCACGCACUUAGUUUGUGAGCACAAUGCAGAAGAAACACAGAUAAUGCAGUGAUUUUAGACACUAGCUCUUUGCUUGGGAACAAUGCAUUUGUUCUAAGCACCUCUCCCUUGCAUAAUAAUUAGGUGACAUCGUCACAGAGUGUGUCAGAGACAGAUGGCAUGGGCCAAAAAGGGAAACUCUCUUGUCUUGGCUGUUUCCUUUUAAAUAUGAUGGUUUCCAUCCUGUUGGGGCUGUGGCCCGAUGUUCAUGGCAUUGUUAGGAUUGAGGUGAGUGACAAAUUGCAAUAAUACACAUGGUGAGAACUUGACAGUACAUACCCAGCCCCUGAUUUAUGGCUUGGUGUCACAUUUUGAGAUAAAAUUGGCCCCAUUCUCCUGAAAUUGAGGGCUUCAUUAGCAACCUCUGCAGAAUUCAUUAGUGAAUGGCAAACCCUGCAUCCGUUGCCAGAAUUGGUCGACUCUAAUAUCAAACAAGAGCCUUAUCCCUGGAUGAGGCCAGAGGCAGCACACUGCAGCCUGGAGGCCAGCGAGCAUGAAUCCUGUUGCCAGGCAACAGUUUACAGAUAGAGGGAGGGAGAGGAGGGUUGUUGCGGGGUCCUCCGCUGCUGCCCACACCCCUGCCUGUCCUUCGUCAUCAUCACGUCAGGAUUAGAUCUGCAACUUGCCUGGCCUUGAAUUAUUGAUUUGAUUUUCCCAAAGCAUUAUCAUUUUCCUGUGCCGGUCCUACCUGAAAUGUCUGACUUGUCACUGAUUGCCUCUCUGCUGAGACGCAGGAGGAAACAAAACGACACUUCCGUGGCACUGAAGUAAAAUGAAUUCCUCUCGAUUGUAGCCAUAAAAACUGACUAUCUCAAUUCUGCUCUCUGUUUCUUUGUAAGGAUUCCUGAGCGUAGAUAAUAUUCAGAGAUGCCUGUACGUGAUGUUUAUCGCAAUUACAACAUGUAGUAAAUUUCUACAAGACAGAAAAAACCAGAAGAGUUCUUCACUCAUCACUUUAACAGUUUAAGAGUUUUUUCCUCUUCCUUUUUCGGAAAUUGCUCUGCAGCCGUGUGUGUGUGUGUGUGUGUGUGUGUGUGUGUGUGUGUGUGUGUGUGUGUGUGUGUG